AUGAGGGGUAUACGCUCUCUUUUCGUUUUACCAUCGGUUUUGGGGAGUAUUGUCAGAGGUGCCGUCGAUGAUGGCUUGUCGCGGCGAGGUGUUGACAACCCAACCCCAGAAAACUUCCGCCGCCAUGCUUUCCCCGCGGCCGUGGUGAUUGGCGACUAUGUUUAUAUAGAUGGCGGCGAGAUGUCUCAAGCAGAAGGUGGUCAGGAGCCCAGUGAGAGCAAACCCUCGUAUGCCAUGAACUCAACCCUUUCAUUACCCAUCAAAUCGUCAUGGACAAACGACAGUGUUUCUAUUCGCUCCAUCACGAAGAAAGCGCCCCUACAAAAUCAACAGAUAUACUGGAACGAUCCAGCGGUCAACUCUUUUUAUACGUGGGGCGGAAUGACGGCGAAUUGGGGGGAGGCUGCCGACAAUGAAAUAUGGAAAUUCCUUGCGGAUGGCGAAGGGGGUGGUGAAUGGAGCAAGGUCACACUCUCGACAAUUGUAGCCUUCAGCAACUCACUCCGGCCUAUAGGUGCUGCAUUUACUACCCACAACGGUGUGGGAUAUGCUCUUGGGGGUGAUGUGAGCAUACGUACAGAUACAAGCAUCUCGGGAAACCUGACCACGGCAAUACCGGGUUACGUUACCUUCGAUAUGCGUAAUCUCACAUUCACGAACUCCAGCUCCGACGGUUUCGAAAAAUACGGCACGAACAUGAAUGGACGUGCUGAAUUUAUACCAUUUGGACCGGAUGGACUCCUCAUAUUCUUGGGCGGGUCCGAAGCCCCAGUUGGCGGUGUGACCGAGUACGAUCAACUCGAUUGGAACAGUCUCUCGAUGCUCGACCCCAAGACAAACAAGUGGUACAGCCAGAAGACGACAGGGUCAAAGCCCACAACGAGGGAACGCCAUUGCACUGUUGGGGUUGCCGGCCCAAAUGGGACAUACGAAAUCUUCAUAUACGGCGGAAUGUCGGAUCAGACGACCAGCUCCUCCGACGAAGUCUUCGUGCUUUCACUUCCCGGCUUCGUAUUCUUCAAAUCCUCCAGCCUAGGUACGCCGCGUAACGACCACGCUUGUGUCGUAGUAGGAAAGCGGCAAAUGCUGAGCGUGGGUGGCACCAACGGCUACGAGGGGUACCCGAAUUCCAUUCUGCAAGCCGACCCGUGGAAGCAGGGCCUCGGUAUCUUCGAUAUGUCACAGAUGCAAUGGGCGAGCAGUUACGAUGCGAACGCGGCGGAAUAUGAAUCGCCCCAAGUCAUUCGUGAUUGGUAUGACCAGGGGGGGUUGGCUUCGGUAUCGUGGGGUAGCGACGACGUCAAAGCUUUGUUUAUCGACGGGUCAAACCCGAACGUCGGGGAUAACGGGACAUCAUCCACAACGAGCUCGAGCUCGGGACCGUAUUCUAGUUCCACAGGCACGGGGGAUGAGCCUCAAACCAGUUCGACUCCAGUGGGUGCCAUAGUGGGUGGAGCUGUUGGGGGCGUCGCACUCCUUGCUGCAAUCGGCGGAGCCGCAGGCUUCCUCCUCCGCCGCAGAAUGGCCCAGAAAGCCGCACUUACCGACAAGCUGAAUAGCCCGACGUGGCAGUAUCCCCUUGUCGAAAUGCCGACCGAGGCGUCUCACGGUGAACUUGCCACCCAGCAGCCUCGCUACGAAUUAGCCGCUCAUGACGCACUCUUUCAACAAAAUUUGCAGGAACAUUACGCACCUGAGCAGAGUUAUACGGGAACAACAGACCAGAGUUUACAGGGGAGGGACCAGGAAACUACGAGUGACGUUGGUUUUUGA